AUGUCCCCUUCCAUCCACGCAGCCGCAACAAGAGAACAAAUGGCUGAGGCUCGGUUGCCUCUUGCCUAUCGAGAUAGCUGUGCGCACCUCCUAAUCCCUCUGAACCGGUGUCGAUACGAAGAAUACUAUCUGCCGUGGAAGUGUGAGAAGGAGAGACAUUCCUACGAAAAGUGCCAGUAUGAAGAGUUCAAGUUACGGGUUGCGAAGAUGGAUGAACUACGGGCUGCCAAGGGCGGUGCCAGAAGCAACUAG